AUGUCCUGGAGGACCAAUACAAGCCAGUCUUUUCCAUUAACUACCAUCCAGCCUCUUUCCCUCAAUGGCACCUCUCAACAUUCCCUGCCAUGGGAGGAGAGUCAAGCCAGCAGCCCGUCUGUACAAGAGUGGGCGGAGAACAACACCCAGCUCCCCUCAGACCACUCUGUGUUGGGGAAUGAGGAGUGGUGCCAUACGUCCCCUGUCCUGACAGCAUGCCUCGUAGUGUGUUACUGCAUUACCAUGGUGCUGGGGCUGGUGGGUAACACUGGUCUCAUCUGCAUCAUCGCUCGGCGCAGAGAGCGAGCCAAUGUCACUAGCAUCUUCAUCUGCAACCUGUCAUUCUCUGACAUCCUGAUGUGUGUCUUCUGCCUGCCCUUCACUGUCAUUUACACAGUGAUGGACCACUGGGUGUUUGGGUCUGUGUUAUGCAGACUGGUGCCUUUCAUCCAGUGUGUGUCAGUGACCGUGUCUGUCCUGUCUCUGGUGUUCAUUGCUCUGGAAAGACAUCAGCUGAUCAUUAAUCCCUCUGGGUGGAAACCCAGCAUCCCUCAGGCCUACAUGGCAGUCAUUCUCAUCUGGACUCUGGCUUGCUUCACCUCCCUGCCUUUCUUGGCCUUUCAGCUACUCACCAAUGAGCCCUAUACAAAUAUACCUCAGCUCAGUUCUGCACUUCAUCAGUCUCAUCCCAAUGCAUCUCUGUUACAGCCUUUCUCAUACGCUCACACCAACUCAUCUGUGCUUCUUAAUUCAUACCACACCAUCUUUCCACACAUCACCAUCUCCCCUCAUCUGGAGGCAUGUCUGGAGCACUGGCCAUCCCGCCCACAGAGGCUAGCUUACACUACAUGGCUCCUGCUGUUCCAGUACUGUGGUCCUCUAUUACUGGUUCUGCUCUGUUAUAUUCGAGUGUUUGUGCGCCUUCGCCACCGUAAAGACAUGCUGGACCACACCAGAACCCAAGACAACCAGCGUAUGACCCACAGCCGCCGAAUCAACAUUAUGCUGGCUGCCCUGAUAACAGCCUUUGCUCUUUGCUGGCUGCCGCUCACCAUCUUCAACGUGGUGUCAGACUGGAACCAGGAGGCUCUGCCCGUCUGCCACCACAACCUGUUGUUCUCCCUCUGCCACCUGCUGGCCAUGUCCUCCACCUGCAUCAACCCUGUCAUCUAUGGAUUCCUCAACACCAACUUUCGCCAGGAGGUGAGGGAAGCACUGCUGCACUGCUGCUGCCGCCCGCUGCAAGAAGAGUACGACCAUUUCCCUCUGUCCACGGUGCACAUGGAAGCGUCCCACACCUCGAUGCCUGCCACCUACAGGAGCAACUCUGUUUCAGUCGCCUUGACUCCUUAA